AUGUGCCAAAGCAACCGCUGCUACAUCGUCCCCCAGUACCUCCUCCGCAGCAUCGUGGAAAGCAACGAUGAGGAAGUCACCCCCGAGGUCCGCCAGAAUGCCGACUGGACCCUGCGUGAGGGCCUCGUCGACCUAAGGGCCAAGCGGGCCGACAUCUUUGCUUCCCUGACCGUCCCGCGCGGCUUCCACGCGCAGCAGCAGCAGGCGAUCCCCCACCGCCACAGCAUCGUCCCGGACGUCCUCUUCCAGCAGAUCGCCGACAGCGACGAGGUGGACGAGGACACGCGCGGCCACGCCCGCGCCGAGCUCGAGCACAUCCGCUCCAAGAUCGCCGAGUUCAAGGCCGUCCAGGAAGGGUCCGCCUCGGCCCAGAAGCCGACGCUGCAGGCCGAGGGCGCCAGGGGCGACGAGAAGGAGGGCGAGGUCGCAAAGUUCUACCGCGCCAUCUACGACGCGCAAAAGAACCCCAAGGAGUCCAAGCUGCCGGGCAAGGCGAUUCGUCUCGAGGGCCAGGAUCCCACGGGCGACGUAGCCGCCGACUCGGCCUACGACAACGGCGGCCUCGUCCUGCAGUUUUACAAGGACAAGUUCAACUGGAGCUCGAUCGACAACAAGGGCAUGCACGUGGUGAGCUCUGUGCACUUUGGCAUCAACUACGAGAACGCCUACUGGGACCCCAGCAAGAUGCAGAUGGUCUACGGCGAUGGAGACAAGUUCUUGUACAAGUUCGCUGAAUGUAUUGACGUCAUCGGACACGAAAUGACCCAUGCCAUCACGGAGCACACCAGCCCCCUCAACUACCAAGGCCAGUCCGGCGCCCUGAACGAGCACGUGUCGGACGUGUUUGGCAUCAUGGUCAAGCAGUUCAAGGAGCAGGAGAAGGCCGCCGAAGCAGACUGGUUGAUCGGCGAAGGCUGCCUCCUGCCCGGCGUGAAGGGCGUCGCCCUCCGCAACAUGAAGGAGCCCGGCACCGCCUACAACGACCCUCGCUUCGGUAAAGACCCACAGCCCAACCACAUGAGCGGCUUCAAGGUCAUGACGGCGGACAACGGCGGCGUGCACAUCUACUCGGGCAUCCCGAACCGCGCCUUCUGCCUGGCCAGCAUCGCUUUUGGUGGCUUCAGCUGGGAGAAGGCGGGCCAGAUCUGGUGGCACACGAUGAACUCGGGCCGCAUCCCGCCGCGCUGCAACUUUGUCCAGUUCGCCGACGUGACGGUCGAGGUGGCGGACGAGAAGUACGGCGAGGAGGCGGCAAAGAUCGUGCGCGAGGCCUGGAACACGGUUGGCGUCGUGCGGAAGCAGGGCCUCUAG